AAAAACCGCGGUCCGUCUUCAAACCGUCUGACAACGCAGAGAUUUCGGUUAGGAAACAAUGGUGCAGUCCUGUUCGGCGUACGGAUGUAAGAACAGAUAUCAUAAAGAUAAGGACGUUUCUUUUCACAAGAGCACUGGACGUGAGGUGGGAAUACAGCUUGGCUUGGACACCAGUUCAUCACAGGGAAACCCGGACACUCGUAUUAACCCGUAGGGACAAUGUAGUGAGUCCAGUCCAUCUCCUGGUAUGGUUUUGUGAAGUGGAAGGAACCCAGAGAACCCAAUGGAAUACCACAUGCACUCAGGAGAACUUGGGGAAACUUUACACAGAACCCUGGAGCUCUGAGAUUCCCUCUGGCGAGACCUGACCUCUGUGGGAAAUGGGUGGUGGCAAUGAAGAGGCGCAAUUUCAAACCCACAAAAUACAGUAACAUCUGCUCACAGCACUUUACCAAAGACUGCUUCAAACGGGAAUGCAACAACCGGGUGCUGAAGGAAAACGCAGUGCCUUCCCUGUUUAAUUUCACUAAGCUACAAAUAAAGGCUCAGUCGCCAGAGGAAGCCAUCACUCCAAAUCUGAGCUUCUCCCUUCUUCCACCCAGCACACACACACCAGAACCUGACGUCCUGCAAACCCCACACCCCCAAGCCUCCUCUCCAACCUCCUCCAGCUCCGUCCCGGCUCCGGCCCCAUCUCCGUCCGCCCCUCUGAAAGAAGAGGAUCCCCUGAGAGCGUGCGCCUUCAUCUCCUGCGACCACAACUACACGGUGGACGACAUGGUGCAGCAGAAGAAGCGUGUGGAGCAGCUGGUGGAGCAGCUGACCAAACUGCGCCGGAAACUGAAGACGCUGCGGCAGAAGUGCAGGAGGCAGGAGAGGCAGCUGGAGCGCUUCCGAGCCAUGGAGGAGAUCUCCAAAAGUGGGAACAACUUGGAGCUGGGACAGAGCUACAUCCUCCUGCCCAGAGAACUCCUCAGCACAACGAAAGACAUUCACACCACCGAGGGUUUGUGAGACUUUGUGAGAGUCGGGUUUGAGUUAAAGACACAAAAGACACUCCACGUCAUGAAUCCAUCAAAUACAUGUUAACAAUCUAUCAGGCGAAUGCAGAAGGUGCCAUGAUCUUUUUUUUUUUCUCCCAAUUUUUUUUUUUCAAUGAUUGUCAAGCGAUAAUGAAUU